CUUUCAGUAUUACGUUUCCUGGACUUAGGUAGUUAGCUAUAUAAUGUGAAACGAAAACUAAGCAAGCAAGAUUACUGCUGUACCAGGGACUCGCACUGCGUUUCAUAUUUGUUUUGGAUCUCUUACUUUCAUCGGAACUUCACAAAAAUGGAGACACUCUAUCACCAGACAAACAAACAAAUCCAAGAGGUGCAGUCCAACAUGGGCCGUCUGGAGGGGACAGAUCGAGACUCAGUCCAUUUGCUAGAGAACGAGCUACAGGCCAGAAUCGACCAGAUCUUCAGCUGCCUGGAGAGGCUGGAGACCCUGGCCAGCAAGGAACCGCCCAAUCGCCGUCAGAACGCUAAACUACGUGUUGACCAGCUGAAGUAUGAUGUCCAGCACCUUCAGACGGCCCUGCGCAACUUCCAGCACAGGCGCUACAUGCGUGAGGCCCAGGAGCGCGAGAGAGAGGAGUUGAUGACCCGCACCUUCACCACCAAUGAUGCAGACACCUCCAUUCCCAUCGACGACACGCUGCAGUUCAACUCCAGCCUGCACAGCGCCCACAGGGGCAUGGAUGAGCUGCUGGGAAGCGGAAGCGGCAUUCUUGACGGCCUGAGGGACCAGCGUGGCACGCUCAAGGGCACUCACAAGAAGAUGCUGGAUGUGGCCAACAUGCUGGGUCUUUCCAACACGGUGAUGCGUCUGAUCGAGAAGAGGGCCUUCCAGGACAAGUUCAUCAUGAUGGGCGGCAUGCUGGUCACCUGUGUGGUCAUGUUCCUGGUAAUCAGGUAUCUCAGCUGAGAGCGGUUGACCACCUCCUCCAAGACAUCUCCCUCUGUUUUCGUCUCUGGUCAUCUAGCACAUUCUGUCCGUCACCCCUGGGAAUCAUAGAUGAGGUAAAGCAGAAGAAAAUGGUCUGUGAAGGCUUUGUUGUAUGUUCAUAUUUUUGUCCUGACAAAAUGUGCAGAAAGCUCAGGGGUGCUGAAGAGGAGGCACGUGAGGAGGAACUUCCAUCUAAACCGCAGACAUGUAAACCAGCUCCUGAGAUGAACUGCAAAGGUAUAAGGACUACUGGAGUGAAUGACUCUGUACUGGAAACUGUUUUUGGCCAUGUGCCCUUUCAUCCUGGAUUCACAUGUGAAAGAAACCAGAAAGUGCGGACUAACUUAGACAUGAAGAGUCCUGCAGGGUUUUCUGCCAGCCAUGUUAAUUUUCGUCAAUCUUAUCCCUUGUCUUUCUACCAACGUACUGUUUUUCCAUGCUAUAACCUUUGGAUAGGUGUUUUACUAUGGUUUGACAGUAUUAUGGUGGGUUGAGAUCUUUUUCCCCCUUCUUUGAGCUGCUCCAUUGGCCUAAGUCAAGGUGAGUUUUCAGAAAUGACAAACCUCGAGUCUCAUUGGAAGAAAACUUUGUGUAGAGCUUUGUGUUAAAAAAAUCAUCUGGUUUAAACUGCAAAUUACUUCACAAAAUUAAUUUUAAUUCAAUACAUAAUAUAUGUUUAAUUAAUCAUAAACAGUUGUAAUAAUAAUGUAAUUACAUGUUAAACUGAAUGAGUUGGGGAAACAACCCAGACCAUUUCGCUGUCAAUAUAAAAACAAAUUUAAAUUCAGUGAUGAUGAUGAGCAAUAAGCUCUCAGAUUAGCAGCUACAAAAAUUUAAUUGUGCAGGGGCUCAGUUGGCAAGGUGCUCGUCUGGAAUGCAGGCUGAGCUUUAGGGCCAUGGUUCAGAGCUGGCCAUGUCUUCUGCCAGCGAUGCCUAGGAGCCCACGUAGUGUAACCGAUAGGUUCUGACAACGUCAUUGGCGUAGCCCUUAACCUGCAAUUAGCACUCACUUCAUGGCAGUGCACUGUGGGACUUUUCGUAUGGAGAAGCAUAGCUGCUGGCUGAAUACAAGUGUAUUGGAGGGUCGCAUUUGUCUCACUUAAGAGCUUCUGCACAAGUGUAGAGCUUGUGAGAUGCGCUUAAUGUGCAGUUGGUGGUUCUAAAAAUGGUCCAAUAAAACGCAAGUGGGGGGGGGGGGGGGGGGGGGUUUAAAUUCUGAAGAAAGACAGUAUCCCAACAUGCACGCUGUACAAGAUCACAUAUAUGACCCAAAUACACAUACUGUGAAAUAAGUGGAUGCCAGUUAACGUAUACUGAAGCGCAGAGCCCUGUGUGUCUGCCUGCAGGCAGUGCUGUCCCCAGGUUGUGCGCUCUGAUUUCAGUCUGCAUAUGACGCACGGGAGAUAUUGAAGCAGAAUUCCUCCUCCAUCUGUUUUGUCUGCAUGCACAUCUCAGUCCACAGGAAAUUAGAAAACUUAUUACACCACCAAAGGGUAGUCUUUGUGAACCAUCCCCUUGAACCUUCGGCAGUUCUAUGCAUUUCUUCAUAGUUUUCAUGGUAAUUAUCAGUCA